GCCUAUAAAUUGAGGAGUGCUUUUGUAAAAGUGCAGUACCCUGAAACAGCAAGGCGCAAAACACAACAGGAUUAAACAAAUUGAGGAUUAAUUUUUAUUUUUGCGUCAUAUAUUGGAUUACAUUUUUUUUUUAAUUCCAAGAGGUAGUGGCAUGCUGCUUUGCUGUCUCCAGACAGAUUUUAUGGACCAAGGCAUUUCAUCAGGAAAACACCUCCAAACAAGACAUUUACGUGUGAAAGAGACUUGAAGAUUCUCCUCAUCAAUAUCGCUCACUGACAGAGUUGAUCAGCAGGCUGAUCCUUGUUGUUCUACUGUUGAACUGAUUGUCUUGAACUCAAGCAACACAUCUCCGGGACAGCUAUGGUUGGAAUAAAACCCACAGACCUGGCGCCAACGACGGCUGUCAAGUUUGUUGGUGCAGGCACAGCAGCCUGCAUUGCUGACCUUGUGACCUUCCCCUUGGAUACUGCCAAAGUCAGACUACAGAUUCAAGGGGAGGCUCAGUUGGGGCAUGGGGCCCAGGCUGUGAGGUAUCGGGGCGUGUUUGGUACCAUCACCACCAUGGUGCGUACGGAGGGGGCCAGGAGCCUCUACAGCGGGCUGGUGGCAGGGCUCCAGAGGCAGAUGAGCUUCGCCUCCGUCCGUAUCGGCCUCUAUGAUUCCAUGAAGCAGUUCUACACUCAUGGCUCUGACAGUGCUAGCAUCGUUACUCGGCUCAUGGCAGGCUGCACCACCGGAGCAAUGGCUGUGAUGUUUGCUCAGCCCACAGACGUGGUCAAGGUGCGUUUCCAGGCUCAAGUACGUCUGGCUGACGGGGUGAAGAGAUACAACGGUACUAUGGACGCUUAUCGGACCAUCGCCCGAGAUGAAGGGGUGCGGGGCCUUUGGAAAGGCUGCAUGCCGAAUAUAACGCGCAAUGCCAUUGUGAAUUGUUGCGAGUUGGUCACCUACGACAUCAUCAAGGAACUCAUAUUGAAGUAUGACCUAAUGACGGAUAACCUUCCAUGCCACUUCACGGCUGCGCUCGGUGCAGGGUUAUGUACCACCAUUGUCGCAUCACCAGUAGAUGUGGUUAAGACCAGAUUCAUGAAUUCAACGUCAGGCCAGUACAGCAGCGCAAUUAACUGUGCCUACACUAUGCUGACUAAGGAGGGGCCAACAGCCUUCUACAAGGGGUUUGUGCCCUCCUUCCUGCGACUGGGGUCCUGGAACAUUGUGAUGUUUGUGUCUUAUGAGCAGAUCAAGAGGACUAUGAUGAGAACAAAGACUUCCUGGGAGUCACCAUUCUGAUUUUUUGUUAUUUUUCUAAUGUUUCUCUGGACUGAGCCUUGCAGGCAUGAAGGCUUCACCACAGCACAGUGGAAAUCACGCCUGUUCUCCCCCAUUGUUCCAUGAAAUGGAUUUCUGGAGUGGGCUUCUAACAGUGGUGACAUAUGUUCAUUUUUAAAGCCAGAGAGUCAGAUAUGUACGAUUCACAGGAGGUAUGUGGCACCUAAUUGGGGAGGACAGGCUCCUGGUAAUGGCUGGAGCAGAAUGGUAUCAAAUACAUCCAACAUGGUUUCCAUGUGUUUGAUGCCCUUCCAUUUGCUCCAUUCCUGACAUUAUUAUGCUCCGUCCUCCCAUCAGCAGCCUCCUGUGGUAGGAUUAUCCACCACUAUACAUGUUAAGGUGUAAGGCCCAAAUGGGGCCCAUGUAAAAUGGACUGGUAGCAAUUGGCCUGUGAAACAAUGGCCACUUUUAGAUAGUAGAGCGGAGCCAUAGACCGUUCACUUUUAGAUAGUAGAGCGGAGCCAUAGACCGUUCACUUUUAGAUAGUAGAGCGGAGCCAUAGACCGUUCACUUUUAGAUAGUAGAGCGGAGCCAUAGACCGUUCACUUUUAGAUAGUAGAGCGGAGCCAUAGACCGUUCACUUUUAGAUAGUAGAGCGGAGCCAUAGACCGUUCACUUUUAGAUAGUAGAGCGGAGCCAUAGACCGUUCACUUUUAGAUAGUAGAGCGGAGCCAUAGACCGUUCACUUUUAGAUAGUAGAGCGGAGCCAUAGACCGUUCACUUUUAGAUAGUAGAGCGGAGCCAUAGACCGUUCACUUUUAGAUAGUAGAGCGGAGCCAUAGACCGUUCACUUUUAGAUAGUAGAGCGGAGCCAUAGACCGUUCACUUUUAGAUAGUAGAGCGGAGCCAUAGACCGUUCCUCUUAUUCUCCCUCAUUCUUUUUCUUUGACUUUGUAAAGAAAUGUUUACAGUUGUGUGCUUAUAAUGAAGUUGUUUAUAUUUCUAUGUCUUAUUUGUUUACAUGUGGCGUUUUCUCAUUAAGAUGUGAAAGCUUGGUUUAUCGCUGGUCGAUAUCUCAUUAUCAGGUCAUGAAUUAUGUAUAUUCCAAUGCAAAUGCAAUACAUUCGGUUGACCUAAAACAUAAAUAAAGCUGCACUUUUUCCCCCAA